AUUCAAUGCUGACGCGACUCUCCCCUGCGAAGGCUGGCGCGGACAAGUGUCUGCAUAGUUUCGGAAUCCUUGGUCUUCGUAUAUCGUCGAAAGUGAUUUCAAACUCGUACGAACCGCAGGUCACAAGCUCGUGGUAGAGGAAACAACGAGACGCUGCAAGUGGAUUAAGAGGUUUAGACGUCUCCGUCCCGUCAUCGGGGAACAGCGGCAACUCUUUAUCCCAAGAUGAUGGCGCCAUAUCACGCUGCUUUGGCCAGAGGGUCCGAAAGAGACGAUCUCGCUUUCUUGAUGGAGGCAAGACACACGGGCGUGGAGUUCCUGAUGGAGAAUGGCACCGACCCGCCCCAGACCUUCAGGGCUCACAAAACGCUUCUUGCCAUGCGGAACGAGGUCUUCGAAGCCAUGUUUUACGGAACUCAGUCUGAAAAGCUCCAGUAUAGCAUCAGCAACCUACGGGCAGAUGGAUUCUUUACUCUCCUAAGGUACCUCUACACCGAGGUCGCCAGCUUAAUCAACAUUCCGCAAGCGCUGCACACACGAACGGCUGCUGAAACGUUCCGGGUGUCGAGGCUCGUGGAAGUCUGCGACGCGUUCCUCGCAACGUCAAUGCAGCCAGCCGACGUCUGCUACGUCUUGGAUUACACGACAGCAAAGCGAAGCACCAAGACCUUGGACGGUCUCAUCGACAAGCAUCUGAAAGAGAACGCUGGGCAGGUUAUAAAGUGCAAGGAGUUCAUCGCGGCAUCGCAGGAAACCGUACUGAGAAUACUGAAGAACCCCUGCGUGAGGAUCAGAGAAUACGACAUCAUCGAGGCUGUUUACUCUUGGGCGACGGUGCACUGCGCCCAAGCGAGCGACGAGACUCCCAUCAACGCACUGCGAAGGACCAUGAGGCCGUUCCUGCCGGAGCUUCGGUUGCUCUCAUUGACUCCUCUGGAAUUCGUGGAGGGCCCGUCUUGCUGGCAGAUCCUGACCAAGCGCGACACCCUGGAUGUUCUCAGCAACAUCAUUAAACCUGGAUCGGAAAGGUUGCCCGAAGACAUUUGCGCGAACAGAGAACAGCGAACGAACUCUCACAGCUCCUCUGCACAGCCGGCCAUAGAAGCGCCGCGCGUCUUCAAUUUCGGCGGAUCUCCAUGUUUUUAAUGACUGCUUUUAGAGGCGCAUGGCGUGGCGAGUCCAGAUAUUUUUCUUAUCGCCGACAAUGAGAUUUCGUCGUUAGUCGAUAAGAACGCCGAUGAACCGACCACGAAGCACAUUAAGAAGGCCACAGCCCGCUCUUUAUAAAGUUUCCACUGAAUAGCACCGUUUCUUCGAAUGUAUUUCUUCAUGAACGGUAUUCUUCAUUGAAGGUCUUGCACCGGUCAUACAAACACCGUCUCCAUACGUGUUCGAAGUAUACGUGUGUGUGAAACAAGCGUGCUUGGAACGCGCGUGAGGCGUUCCCUUAAAUAAUUCUGUCGCACAUGUCAACAGUGAACGUCCUGCCUUUUGUAGGGUGUACGAGGUCUGUGGUUGUGGCUGAAAGCCGCACUCACAUUGCUAUAAUGCGCAGAUUUGUGCCUGUUUCAAGUGAUACUGUAUUCCAAUUACGUUUGGAAGUAAUUUUUGUGUCCUGGAAAUACAUAUGAUCGUGAAUAUUGGCUACUGUACCUUAAUUACAUUUUCCGGUAUCUCGUACUCCAUGUUUCAAAUAAAUUUUCGAUCUUAAAAAAAAA